UUUGUUCACGCUUCUCCUCUCAGCCAAUCCUGUUAAGAAGCUGAGUAAGCGUCAUGAGUUUCUGGGCAGAUCAGGGAACUUCGGCGCAGCACCGGCGCACAGCGCCCCUUGCAGGAGCGCGGACUCAACGGUUGCCGCACGUGGCGGUUUCAAGUGCGUUGGCGAUGUCGCUGUUCAGUCUGAGGUCCCCAAGCAUCGAGGAAGGUUCGGCAGUGAGGCAAGAGGGACAAGACGACCGCUUUGACUCACUUUUGGACUUUCUCCCAAGAAUGAAAAUGCUUCUGUUGGGUGUCUGGACACUGCUGGCCUUGAUCCCUUGUCCAGGUGAAGGGGCCACCGAGGAGCUGUUUCAGGUAUCUGUCCAUCCAAAUGAGGCCCUGGUAGAGUUUGGACACUCCCUAACGGUCAACUGCAGUACCACCUGCCCAGACCCUGGGCCCAGUGGAAUUGAGACCUUCUUAAAGAAAACCCAGCUAAGCAAAGGGUCCCAGUGGAAGGAGUUUCUCCUGGAGGACAUCACAGAGGACUCGGUGCUGCAGUGCUUCUUCUCUUGUUCAGGGGUGCAGAAGGACACAGUGCUUGAUAUCACCAUGUACCAGCCACCAGAGCAGGUGACGCUGGACCUGCAGCCUGAAUGGGUGGCCGUGGAUGAAGCCUUCACAGUGACGUGUCAUGUACCUAGUGUGGCACCCCUGCAGAGCCUCACCCUCACCCUCCUCCAGGGUGACCAAGAACUUCACAGAAAAGACUUCCUGAGUUUAUCCCAAAGAGCCGAGGUCACCGCCACUGUCAGAGCCCACCGGGACAAUGACAGGCAUAAUUUCUCCUGCCGAGCAGAACUGGAUCUGAGCCCACAUGGUGGGGGGUUGUUUCACGGCAGCUCAGCCGCCAAGCAACUCCGGAUCUUUGAAUUCUCUCAGAAUCCCCAGAUCUGGGUGCCUUCACUGCUGGAAGUUGGGAAGGCAGAGAUUGUGAGCUGUGAGGUGACCAGAGUAUUUCCAGCCCAGGAAGCUGUCUUCCGAAUGUUCCUGGAAGACCAGGAGCUGAGCCCUUUCUCGUCCUGGAGGGAAGAUGCAGCAUGGGCCAGUGCCACCAUUCAGGCCAUGGAGACUGGUGACCAGGAACUGACUUGCCUUGUGUCUCUGGGUCCCGUGGAGCAGAAAACAAGGAAACUAGUGUAUGUCUACAGUUUCCCGCCACCAAUCCUGGAGAUAGAAGAUGCUUACCCUCUGGCAGGGACGGACGUUAAUGUGACCUGCUCAAGUCACGUGUUAACAUCACCUAGCCCUACUCUUCGGCUUCAGGGAUCCCUAAACCACUCUGCCCCUGGGGAGCCUGCCUGGCUUCUGUUUACUGCCAGGGAGGAAGAUGACGGCCGGACUCUGUCCUGCGAGGCCUCUUUGGAGGUACAAGGCCAGCGACUGGUCAGGACCACGGAAAGCCAGCUUCAUGUCUUAUACAAACCAAGGUUUCAGGAAUCCCGCUGCCCUGGCAACCAGAUAUGGGUAGAAGGGAUGGAUCAGAUGCUUGCCUGCAUCCCAGAGGGAAACCCCACUCCAGCUUUGGUGUGUGUCUGGAAUGGGAUGAUCUUUGACCUUGAUGUACCUCAGAAGGCCACUCAGAACCACACGGGAACCUACUGCUGCACAGCCACCAACCCACUCGGCUCCAUCAGCAAAGACAUCACUGUCAUUGUCCAAGGCCUGCCUGAGGGCAUCAGCUCCUCCACCAUCUUCAUCAUCAUCAUUUUCACCCUGGGCAUGGCUGUGAUCACUGUAGCAUUAUACCUGAAUUACCAGCCCUGCAAAGGAAACAGUAGGAAACGGAUGCACAGGCAGCGGGAGCAAAGCAAGGGCGAGGAGAGUCAGUUCUCCGACAUUCGGGCGGAGGAAUGCCACGUGCAUCUCUGCUGACCACAAACAAACUCUUUGCUGGAGUGUGACUUCAGCUACCAGCAUUUCCAGGGACGCAAGAGCGGGCCAAGGAGGAAGGCGGAGACAAUGUGAGGCUUCACUUCCUUGCAUUCCCUUGUCCCCCAAAGCAGGGUUUCACGGGCCCCCGUGGCUGGCAGCCAGUCUGUCUGGAGCUCAUUUCUCUUUUGCGUUUAUUCCAGUUUGUAGACGUUUCAGUCUGAUUGUUCCAUCUGGUGAGGGAUCCUCUCAUUCCUACUCUGUAUUUAACCAGGCCACUCUCAGGCACACAGAAGGCCCUGUCCUGGCCUCUUAUUCCCACUGCCCACCUCUCAAACAGCAAUGGAGAAGGGUCACCAGAAAUAGCCUGGCGUGCGUUGCUCAGGGUUUCCGGAUGACUGGCUAGGAACUUAUUUCAUAGUUCAGGGACAAGACUUCAUACAUAGGAUAACAAAUCAAUAGGCAGGAAUUAGACCUCUUCCCCUGACCGUACUCCCCUGCUCCCCAAACGGUGCCCGUUGACAUCACGAAGGGUGCUGGCUGGCUUCACCCUCACCCUCGUGUAACCCUCUGCAAUUUUACUUUGGGUCAGUGAAGUCAGCUUACCUAGUUUUCUAAGAAAACAAAAAACCAAGGACUUACUAUGUAGCACAAGAUGGCUUCAAACUUGUGAUCCCCAUGCUGAGUUCUGGGACUACAAGUGUGUACCAUCACACCCUAACUAACUUUUGGAGGGCAGCUGUAAUGUAGAAGAUAGAAUACCUCCAUGAAAUCGGUCUUAGGGUGCCACACUCUGAAUCCCUUUCUGUUAGAGGCAGAGUCCCAGGUUUGCUCUCGCCCUCCACAAGAAUUGCCUGUUUUCAUCGUUGUCGGUGCCACAGAGCCCCACCUAGGAUGGAAGUACACAACCCCAGGGCAGUGUGCUUAACACACAGAUGGGUCUCUGUUCUGUCACCGGAAUUCUCUGUGACUGGUUCACCCUAUGCAGUAACAGCUCAGCUUCUUUCACUGUCCUUUGGAAGGACUGUGUCCGCCUAGGUGAUGGCUUGAAGUACAUCAAACCAGGUCUUUGCUCCAGAGCUGUCAUGAAAUGUCUACUGAGACAUUAGCUGUGGCAAAAUAAUAUAGGCUUUGUGAAUAUGAGUUUCUUUUCCCGUUAUUGUAAGUGAAGCUUGUGUUAUGUUAAGCAUAAAUGGUUACGUUUCAGAACUUUGAGGAUAGCUUUCAGUUGGUAAUGUGAGCAGCUAGCCUACAGCAAGGGAUGUCUCAGUUCCAGUCAGCGGCCUGUUUUUCCUGCUCUCAAAACCAAAGCUCACACUCAUGCCCAGUUUCCACCUUGCAGAUACUAGCUAGAAACGACGCAGGAUCAGAUACCAAAGGGUGUCUCCCUUUCUUCCUGGACCAUCCUGAAUCUGAGGUUAAGGAUUUGGUGUAAAAAUCAUCCUUUGGGGGCUGGAGAGAUGGUGCAGAGGUAAAGAGCACUGACUGAGCUCAAUUCUCAGCAACCACAUGGUGGCUCACAGCCAUCUUAAUGGGAUCCGAUGCCCUCUUCUGGUGUGUCUGAAGACAGCUGCGGUGUACUCAUAAAUAAAAGUAAAUAUUGGGAGGCAGAGGCAGGUAGAUUUCUGAGUUCAAGGUCAGCCUGGUCUACAGAGUGAGUUCCAGGACAGCCAGGGUUACACAGAGAAACCCUGUCUCGACACCCCCCACCCCCGCCAGAUUUUUAAAAAUAAAAAUAAAUAAAUCUUUU